GUCGCAACGCAGUGCAAAUUGGGAAUCGGGGAUGAGCUGGGCUGGCUUCCGUCCGGAAAGCGAUUCUUCCUCGAGUUGGUGGGAGAUGGGCCUUUGGCGAGGACGCCGGCGUUAGUGAAGUGCGCCGGGCUCCAAGAUGAAAAGAAACUGAGCAAUGGCACUGGUGGCAUUGGAGGAUUUAAGGAAUUUGCCCAGAGUCAUAUGAUAAAAAGAACUCCUUUUAAUGAAGUACACCAUUCAUUGCGGAAGUGGAAGAGUAGAGAUUAUUCAUCAUGCCUGCCGUGGCUUCAGUUCCUAAAGAACUCUACCUCAGUUCUUCACUAAAAGACCUCAAUAAGAAGACAGAAGUUAAACCAGAGAAAAUAAGCACUAAGAAUUAUGUACAGAGUGCCCUGAAGAUCUUCAAGACUGCAGAAGAAAGCAGAUUAGAUCGUGAUGAGGAAAGGGCCUAUGUGCUGUAUAUGAAAUAUGUGACUGUUUAUAAUCUUAUUAAAAAAAGGCCUGAUUUCAAGCAACAGCAGGACUACUUUCAUUCUAUACUUGGACCUGCAAACAUCAAAAAAGCUAUUGAAGAAGCCGAGAGACUCUCUGAAAGCCUUAAACUCAGAUAUGAAGAAGCUGAAGUUCGGAAAAAACUUGAAGAAAAGGACAGACAGGAGAAAGAGCAGCUGCAGAAACAGAAAAAGCAGGAAGCAGAAAGAGAGGAUGAUGGCACAUCAGAUAAAAGUUCUUUGGAAAAGGUACUGGAUGCCAAAGACAAAACCCAAAAGAUAAAUGGUGAAAAGAGUGAAAAAAAUGAGACUACAGAGAAAGGAGCAAUCACAGCGAAGGAGCUAUACACAAUGAUGAUGGAUAAAAACAUCAGCUUGAUUAUAAUGGAUGCUCGAAGAAUGCAGGAUUAUCUGGAUUCCCAUAUUUCAGAUUCUCUCAGUGUUCCUGAAGAAGCCAUCAGUCCAGGAGUCACUGCUAGUCGGAUUGAAGCAAACCUCCCAGAUGAUUCUAAAGACACAUGGAAGAAGAGGGGGAGUGUGGAUUAUGUGGUCCUUCUUGACUGGUUUAGUUCUGCAAAAGAUUUACAACUUGGGACAACUCUACGGAGUCUGAAAGAUGCACUUUUCAAGUGGGAAAGUAAAGCUGUCCUGCACAAGGAACCUUUGGUUUUAGAAGGAGGCUAUGAAAACUGGCUCCUUUGUUAUCCACAGUAUACAACAAAUGCUAAAGUUACGCCACCCCCACGAGGCAAGAAUGAAGAGGUGUCUGUCUCAUUGGACUUUACUUACCCUUCACUGGAAGACUCAGUUCCUUCUAAACCUACUGCCCAGAUGAUACCUCCUAUAGAAAUCAGUGAAAAUACAGAAUUGAUAAACAGUCAAAAUGAGAGAAUGGGACCACUGAAUAUAUCAGCUCCAGUUGAACCAAUUGCUGCUUCUAAAUCUGAUGUCUCACCCAUAAUUCAGCCAGUGCCUAUUUUAAAGAAUAUUCCACAGAUUGAUCGUACUAAGAAACCGGCAAUCAAAUUGCCUGAAGAUCAUAGAAUAAAAUCUGAAAGUACAGAUCAUGAGGAACAGUCUCCUCAGAGUGAAAAAGUUGUUCCUGAUCGUUCCACAAAACCGGUAUUUCCCCCUCCAACUGCCAUGUUAACAGAUGAAGAAAAAGCUCGUAUUCAUGCAGAAACUGCUCUUCUAAUGGAAAAAAACAAACAAGAAAAAGAACUUAGAGAAAGGCAGCAAGAGGAGCAAAAAGAGAGACUGAGGAGGGAAGAACAAGAACAAAAAGACAGAAAGGAACAAGAAGCUGAAGAAAAUGAAAUCACAGAGAAGCAACAAAAAGCAGAACAAAUGGAGAGGAAAGAAAGUGAACAGGCCAGGAAAGAAGAUAAAGAAACUUCAGCAAAGAGGGUCAGAGAAAUAACAGGAAUAAAAAGACAAAGUAAAAGUGAACAUGAGACUACUGAUGCCAAGAAAUCUGUAGAAGAUAGGGGGAAAAGGUGUCCAACCCCAGAAGUGCAGAAGAGGUCAACAGGAGAUGUGCCUCAUGCCUCUGUGGCAGGAGAUUCAAGUUCAGGCAAGUCUCGAGAGCCUUUGACAAGAGCAAGAAGUGAAGAAAUGGGGAGGGUUGUACCAGGACUGCCAUCAGGCUGGGCCAAGUUUCUUGAUCCCAUCACUGGAACUUUUCGUUACUAUCAUUCGCCUACCAACACUGUUCAUAUGUAUCCACCGGAAAUGGCUCCUUCAUCCGCACCUCCUUCCACCCCUCCAACUCAUAAAGCCAAGCCACAGAUUCCUGCGGAGCGGGAUAGGGAACCAUCUAAACUGAAGCGCUCCUACUCCUCCCCAGAUAUCACCCAGGCCAUUCAAGAGGAAGAGAAGAGGAGGCCAACAGUAACUCCAGCAGUUAAUCGGGAAAACAAGCCAACAAGCUAUCCGAAAGCUGAGAUCACAAGGCUUUCUGCUUCUCAAAUUCGGAACCUCAAUCCUGUUUUUGGAGGAUCUGGACCAGCUCUCACUGGACUUCGUAAUUUAGGAAAUACUUGUUACAUGAACUCAAUACUACAGUGCCUGUGUAAUACGCCACAUCUGGCUGAUUAUUUCAACCGCAACUGUUACCAGGAUGAUAUUAAUAGGUCAAAUUUGUUGGGACAUAAAGGUGAAGUGGCGGAAGAAUUUGGCAUAAUCAUGAAAGCCCUGUGGACAGGACAGUACCGGUACAUCAGUCCAAAAGACUUUAAAAUCACCAUUGGGAAGAUCAAUGACCAGUUUGCAGGAUACAGCCAGCAAGAUUCACAAGAACUGCUUCUGUUCCUAAUGGAUGGUCUCCAUGAAGAUCUUAAUAAAGCUGAUAAUCGGAAGAGACAUAAAGAAGAAAAUAAUGAUCAUCUUGAUGACUUUAAAGCUGCAGAACAUGCAUGGCAGAAACACAAGCAGCUCAAUGAAUCUAUCAUUGUUGCACUUUUUCAGGGUCAAUUCAAAUCCACAGUACAGUGCCUCACCUGUCACAAAAAGUCUAGGACAUUUGAGGCCUUCAUGUAUUUGUCUCUCCCACUAGCAUCUACAAGUAAAUGUACAUUACAGGAUUGCCUUAGGUUAUUUUCCAAAGAAGAAAAACUCACAGAUAACAACAGGUUUUACUGCAGUCAUUGCAGAGCUCGUCGGGAUUCCCUAAAAAAGAUAGAAAUCUGGAAGCUGCCACCUGUGCUUUUAGUGCAUCUGAAACGUUUUUCCUAUGAUGGCAGGUGGAAGCAAAAAUUACAGACGUCUGUGGACUUUCCAUUAGAAAAUCUUGACUUGUCGCAGUAUCUUAUUGGCCCAAAGAACAAUCUGAAGAAAUACAACUUGUUUUCUGUUUCAAAUCACUACGGUGGCCUGGAUGGUGGCCACUACACUGCCUAUUGUAAAAAUGCAGCAAGACAGCGGUGGUUUAAAUUUGAUGAUCACGAGGUUUCUGAUAUUUCCAUUUCUUCGGUGAAAUCUUCAGCAGCUUAUAUCCUCUUUUAUACGUCACUGGGACCACGAAUAACUGAUGUAGCCACAUAAGGAAAAGUAGGUUUUAAGCUAGUUACCUUUUAACAGGCUGAGCAACACAACUCUUGGAAUUGCUUAUAAAGAUUCUGGAUAGGCAUCGCUGACCAUUUAAAGGACUUGUAGGACAAUGAGAGCUGUGUUACUAUACCAUAUACUUCUGGUCAGCGCUAUUAUCAAAAAACUGACCAAGAACAUUUAACAAGUAUUGCAGUAAGCAUUCCUUACAGGUACCAUUUAUUUCAAAACAAGUUUUUUAGUUUGCUCCAAAGUUAAAAUAAUUAACUAGCUAAGCAUUAUUAUUCUGCUGGUCUAAAAAUCAUUGUAUCCUUUAUUUUCCUAUUCACUGUUAUGGCCUUUUCACAUUUCUAAAUCCCAGCUUGAUCUAAUGAAUACUCUAGAAUGAUGUAAAGCAGAUAGGAAUGUAUGUGUAUAUAUUUAUUGCACACUUGCACAUCAAAUCAAUGUACAUAGUAUAAUAUGUGGUCCUUUUGUGAAGCCUAGAACUCAGAGGAUUGCUUCCCCACCGCCCUCCUUUUGGCCUAUUCUGAGUAACUGCAGUGCUUUCUUAGGGACAUGACAGGGCAAAGCUAUUUUUUGUUGGCUUUGGGCUGUAUUUGUGCACUAAAUCUUUAUUCUAAAAAAACAAAUGGAAACUUUUCUUUAAUUUUUUAAAUGAGAAUUUUCAUUUACACCUACAUUAAAAUCUUAAUGAGAAGAAUAAUUAAAAACUCUGUAAGUGUUCUGUCUUUAAUUUUAUAUUGUUAAACAGGACAGCAGAAUUAUAAUUUCUACACACCUAUAUCCCAAUACAGUGACUUAAAAUUUAGUACACUUACUCUGUUGUAUCACUUGAUUCCAUUCUUCCUUCACCUUGACCAUGAACUGCAUAUAGAACUCAUGAUUCUCUCAAGAAUUGAAAGUCAAAGUAGGAUAUAAAACCUUAACACCCAGGCAGACUUACUCUAUCAAGAGUAGUAGAGUUCUUAGGAUUAAGGUAAAAAGAUGACUGCAAAGUGAACUGAAUUAUAAACCACAUCUUUACAAACUGAUGCAUUAAAAGGGAUAGAGGAGCACAGAAUUUAUCAUUUACCUCAGGGACUCGGCUGUUACAGGUAAAGUCAAUGUAAACACUCCAUAUAAAAAUAAGAUUCUAAAGGUGCUCCUGAAAGAUGUCACCAUUAGUGGAUUCCCAGGAAGAAGAUGAAAGAAUCGGUUUUGAAUUGUGAAGUGGACGACUUUUCAUGUUCUGCAAUUAGUCUGAGUGACAUAGCUUCUUGACUAAAUUAUCAGAACAAUUAAUAUUUUCAGAUCACAGAGCCACUUGAACAAAAGUUAUUUUGGUUUAGCUCCAUGAAGUAUCUUUGGAAAAUAAUUUGUUGGAUAUAUCUAAUUAUGAGAUAAUCUAUGAUAAAAAUACACAUUACUAAUGCAUUUUGAAAUAUGCACACAGUACAUAAUCUGAGUGCUAUAAAGGUCCCCAUCUGUUAGUAGUGCAUCAUUUUUUUGCUGCCUUUUUCAAUGGACUGGGACCCAUGUUUGUUACAGACUUACCAUGUAAAAGGUUGCAUAAUAUGCCAGAAACAUUUAAAAAUGUCAGUGAAUGCAAGUAAGUUGCAAGAGUUUUAAUGACAAAGCAAAACUUAAGUACCAGGUUCUCACUGCUAGUUUUGCAAUUUUCAGGAAACACCAUUUUCUUAGCUCUUGCAUUUUUGUCUAGGUAUAGAAAAGGGCUGACAGCUGUAGAACAGGAGAUAUGCUGCAGCAGUUUGGACUGAAGUAUCUGGAAUCUCACUGACUCGUGUGUCAUCAAAGCUGUACCAGGCCUGGGUCACUGAGUUCUUGCAGAAUGCAGUGUAGUGGCCACCAUCCAGAUCACCAAAAUGGUUCUGGGGGAAAGAGGAACGUCAGACUUAGUGUUUACAUUAAAAUACUUAACUGUUACAGCCAAAAAUGUAGGGCCACAAAAUAUUUUUAAUAAUUGUCCUUUAUACUGGAUUAAAAGAAAAUGACAAUUUUAAGUCAAAUCAUACAUAUAUAGCCUGACUGCUCUAUUUUUCAUGUCACUGAAAUGGUUAUACAUUAUGUUCAUUGACUAUUUAAUAGAAAAUGUUAUGAAACAGGAUAGUAUUUGACAGCAGCUAGUAUUUAUCAGUUAAUAUUGAGCACCUACCAUCAGUUCAGUUCAGUUGCUCAGUCAUGUCUGACUCUUUGCAACCCUGUGGACUGCAGCACGCCAGGCUUCCCUGUCCAUCACCAACUCCUGGAGCUUAUUCAAACUCAUGUCCAUUGAGUUGGUGAUGCCAUCCAACCAUCUCAUCCUCUGUCUUCCCCCUUCUCCUCCUGCCUUCAAUCUUUCCUAGCAUCAGGGUCUUUUCAAAUCAGUUCUUUGUAUCAGGUGACCAAAGUACUGGAGUUUCAGCUUCAACAUCAGUCCUUCCAAUGACUAUUCAGGACUGAUUUCCUUUAGGAUGGACUGGUUGGAUCUCCUUGCAGUCAAAGGGACUCUCAAGAGUCUUCUCCAACACCAUAGUUCAAAAGCAUCAGUUCUUUGACACUCGGCUUUCUUUAUAGUCCAACUCUCAUAUCCAUACAUGACCACUGGAAAAACCGUAUUUUGACUAGAUGAACCUUUGUUGGCAAAGUAAUGUCUCUGGCUUUUUAAUAUGCUGUCUAGGUUGGUCAUAACUUUCCUUUCAAGGAGCAAAUAUCUUUUAAUUUCACGGCUGCAGUCACCAUCUGCAGUGAUUUUGGAGCCCCCCAAAAUAAAGUCUCUGUUUCCAUUGUUUCCCCAUCUACUUGCCAUGAAGUGAUGGGACCGGAUGCCAUGAUCUUAAGUUUUCUGAACGUUGACCUUUAAGCCAAUUUUUUCACUCUCCUCUCACUUUGAAGAGGCUCUUUAGUUCUUCACUUUCUGCCAUGAGGGUGGUGUUAACUGCAUACCUGUGGUUAUUGAUAUUUCUCCCAGCAAUCUUGAUUCCAGCUUGUGCUUUAUACAGCCCAGCAUUUCAUAUGAUGUACUCCGCAUAUAGGUUAAGUAAGCAGGGUGAUAAUAUACAGCCUUGAUAUACUCCUUUCCCAAUUUGGAACGAGUCUGUUUUUCCGUGUCCAGUUCUAACUGUUGCUUCUUGACUUGCAUACAGAUUUCUCAGGAGGCAGGUCAGGUGGUCUGGUAUUCCCAUCUGUUGAAGAAUUUUCCACAGUUUGUUGUGAUCCACACAGUCAAAGGAUUUGGCGUAGUUAAUAAAGCAGAAGUAAAUGUUUUUCUGGAACUCUUGUGCUUUUCAAUGAUCCAGUGGAUGUUGGCAAUUUGAUCUUUGGUUCCUCUGCCUUUUCUAAAUCCAGCUUGAACAUGUGGAAAUUCAUGGUUCACAUACUGUUGAAACCUGGCUUGGAUAAUUUUCAUGGUUCAUAUACUGUUGAAGCCUGGCUUGGAUAAUUUUGAGCAUUACUUUGCUAGCAUGUGAGGUGAGUGUAAUUGUGCAGUAGUUUGAACAUUCUUUGGCAUUGCCUUUCUUUGGGAUUGGAAUGAAAGCUGACCUUUUCCAGUCCUGUGGCCAGGUUCCAGGUAUCUCUUGGGAGUCAAGACUUGCCUGUUACUCCAAGAGAUACCUGGAGUCAAGAGCACCUACCAUACACAGACUAUUUAUUGAACAUCAAAGGAAAUUUUAAAAUAAUAAUCUCUCCUAAAUGAGUUUAUAGUGUAAUUUUGAAGACAGGCAUUAGACGUGAAAAAAGACCUUUAACAUGGCAACAAGACAUAAAAGGACUGCACAUUGUGACCACACAAUUUGAGGGAGGUGCACAGCAACAGCUCCCUCAGUCAUCCAAGGCCCAAAGAAGAACCUGUUCCAUUCAUCUUUCCAAUCCCAGUAGAGGAAUGUUUGAAACAAACGCAUUGGAGAACCUCAUUUCUCAGAAGUAGUAUGGCAUACAGCAGGAGUCAACAAACCAUAUUUGGCCAUGGGUCGGAGCCAGCCCACUGCCUGUUUCUGUAUGGCUCGUGAAUUAAGAAUGCAUUUUAUAUUUUUAAAUGGU